AGCGCGGACAGCGGCAGCAGCAGCGCAGACCCAGCGCGGCUCACCUGCUCCAGCGAGGACAUAUUCCUGUUUUCCCCUCACCGGCAGAAGGAGGAGCGAGCACCGUGGGGCGACGGAAGGCCCCCGACGUCACCAUGCCCAGCAGCAGCAGCAGCAGCAGCAGCGAGGGGAGGCUCGGAUCGUGAGCUGGUGCGGGACUGCGGGCUGCUCGGAGUGGCCUCUCCAUUCCGCUGAACACCUUUCCGGGCUCUGAUGAUGAUGGACGGCUGGCCGCCGCUGCUGCUGCUGGCUCUCCUCGCCAUUGCAGGAGGCAGCCUCGGGGCAGACACAGAGGAGCGGUUGGUGGAGCAUCUCCUAAACCCAGCACACUACAACAAACUGAUACGUCCUGCGACUAAUGGUUCUGAGCUGGUUACUGUGCAGCUGAUGGUGUCCUUGGCCCAGCUCAUCAGCGUGCAUGAAAGGGAGCAGGUGAUGACCACUAAUGUCUGGUUAACUCAGGAGUGGCAGGACUAUAGGCUGACUUGGGUUCCCGAGGAGUUUGAUGGAAUGAUGAAGGUCAGACUGCCCUCAAAACACAUCUGGCUGCCUGACGUGGUCCUCUACAACAAUGCUGAUGGGGUGUAUGAGGUCUCCUUCUACUCCAAUGCAGUGGUGUCCUAUGAUGGCAGUAUCUUCUGGUUGCCACCGGCGAUCUACAAAUCAGCCUGUAAAAUUGAGGUGAAGCACUUCCCGUUUGAUCAGCAGAACUGCACGCUACGCUUCCGCUCCUGGACCUACGACCGCACUGAGAUCGAUCUGGUGCUUCGUGCCGACGUGGCCAGCAUGGAUGACUUCACGCCCAGCGGGGAGUGGGACAUCAUCGCUCUGCCAGGCAGACGAAAUGAAAACCCGGGCGACCCCACCUAUGUGGACAUAACCUACGACUUCAUCAUCCGCAGGAAACCUCUUUUUUACACCAUCAACCUCAUCAUCCCAUGCGUGCUCAUCACUUCCCUCGCUAUCCUGGUCUUCUACCUGCCGUCCGACUGUGGAGAGAAGAUGACGCUCUGCAUCUCGGUGCUGCUGGCUCUCACUGUGUUCCUGCUGCUGAUCUCCAAGAUCGUCCCCCCUACUUCACUGGACGUUCCUCUGGUGGGGAAGUACUUGAUGUUCACUAUGGUUCUGGUGACUUUCUCCAUUGUCACAAGUGUGUGUGUGCUCAACGUGCACCAUCGUUCCCCCACCACACACACCAUGCCGCCCUGGGUGAAGCUGGUGUUCCUCAACAAGCUCCCCGCCCUGCUCUUCAUGCGCCAGCCUCGCAACAGCUGCGAGCGCCAGCGGCUACGUCAGAGGAGGAGAGCGCAGGAGCAGAAGGAAGGGGGACGGAGCGGCGAGGUGGGCGGCCUGAUGGUGGGGCUCGGGCUGGGCAGUACUGGUGGGAACGGAGGCAACGGAGCCUCCACGGCAGUGUUCAGCAAGGACGAUGGUGACCCUUGCACGUGCUACGUGAACCGAGCGACUGUGAAGCAGUUUGGAGGGGAUCUGGGGGGUGCGGGAGGCGGGUCCAUGGACGGGCUGAACAGGGUGAGGGAGGCCGGCUCCGGAAACCAGCAGAGGGGGAAGCAAGUCGGAGGUCCUGGUUUGUCUCACGCUCUGCUGGCUCAAGCCUGUCCAGGGUUUGAGGAGGCUGUGGAAGGAGUACGCUUCAUCGCCAACCACAUGAAGGGCGAGGAUGACGACCAGAGCGUGAGCGAGGACUGGAAGUACGUUGCCAUGGUGAUUGACCGCCUCUUCCUGUGGAUCUUUGUGUUUGUUUGCGUGUUUGGCACAUUGGGCAUGUUCCUGCAGCCCCUCUUCCAGAAUUACACAGUGAAGACCAUCAACACGCCGGGCUGACCGUUACCAGCUGCAGACACGCUGACAGACCGCUCCCAGACCACUCAGCACAACAAGACGUGGGCUGUAGGUGUGUGUGUGUGUGUGUGUGUGUGUGUGUGUGUGUGUGUGUGUGUGUGUGUGUGUGUGUGUGUGUGUGUGUGUGUGUGUGUGGGGGACAUGUCUGACUUUUAUUGUGUCUACGGGUCUGGAAUCAAAGCUGGAACUGAACAGCGAUCACAUCCACUGACUUUAUAGUUUUAUUGCAACAAACAUUUGUUUUUCUUGUAUGAGGAUAAAAGUAAUCAAUAAUGAACUCUCACCCGCAAUUUUUUUUUUGUCCAGAUGCGCAACAGACUGACCUCUUUCUGGUAAAAGGUCCUUCCUUGCUCCGCUCUUAAGCCUUCUUGUGGGAGCGGGAGGAUCCUCUGACUUGCUCCCUGUCAAACGUUACGCCAGCCAAUCAACACUUUACAACCUACAGUAGCUGCUUAACUGACACAUGACAUGCCCGCCUUUAACAAUAACAGUGGCUGAUAUUAGUAUCAGACAGGGAAAGUAGGUUCAUAUCAAGGUUCUUGUUCUUCUUUCUUCGUUUUUUCCAGAAAUCCACUACGUCAGUGUACUGUUUCAGUACAUUUUAUCAUUGCAUACCACAGAAUAGCAUUGAGUAUGUAUUGUAGAAAUUCCUCUAUGUUAGCUCAUGCAAAGGUUUGUUCCCGAUGGGGGGGGGGGGGGCUAAGAAGUAUUGUAUGAUUGUAUAGAUAUAAAAAGAAUGUGAUAUAAACUGUACUACACAGAUUGCACACUAACACAAUAUGUGUAAGAAUAGCAGAUCUUAAAAUGAAAAAUAUACUGGAGAUGCUUAUAUCAAAGAAAGAGAUGGAUUGCGUUAUUACAGAAAAGCCAAGGGGACAAGGUACUUGAUUAUGCUUGGACGGUUUCUGCUGAGAGUGGUGUGAACAGUAAAUGGAGACAAGCUGCAGCCUCCUGUGCCACAGCACAGCUCCUGGUGAGUGUGAGGGGAGCUCCUGGGAAAUGAAAUGAAGGCAUUUGAGCCCAAAAUAUGGAUAGGAGCUGGAAAGAUCAGAAAUGGAAAAAUAAAUAUGUCAAGAAAUCAUAUUGAUAGAUUGGUGUGGGUUUUAUCAGGGAUAUUGAGCAAUUAUGUGUAUUAACCUGCGCUUUCACUGCUAUUUAUUUUCUGUCAUUGCUCUGAUUACCAGAUGAGUGAAAGGUAUCCCAUUUACCCCUGUACUCUGUCGUCUCCUCCCCUGUCCUCUAGCUCAUCCAUAACCACACGUGUGUUUAUGAGUGAAUUCCAGUCCCUCAGGCUUCUGCAUAAUCACAUCUAUGAGAGAAAAUGUUCAGAUGAGAAUAAUGGAGUGUCUCCCCAACCCCUUUUCAAUUUAUCUCUGCCAGCCGCUCUCCAGUGCUCUUCCCCUUGUUUGGUCUUCCACGGACACACAUGUCUGACAUUUGAUCUAUUUGCAGUUACAGUAAUAACCCACUUGUUUCUGCAAAUGUUCUUUUUAGUGUGUCUGCUUUGUUUUUUGGUUCCACAAUCUUUCUGGGUUUUUUGCCGAGUAUGCAAGAUGCGAAAGGCCCUUUUUCAGGCACAUGCAAUUCAACAUUCAAUUAAAAGAAAGGAGAUGAUUCCAUCAGGGCCAACACUGAAGCAGUCCCAGAAGGCAAUAAGUUAUGCAAAAUGGAUGUAAACUCCAAAAGUGAAUAGAGAGGAGGUUUAGAGCAGGAUAUGCUGGGGCAAAGGACUCUUUAGUGUUGUUGUUGCAUAGGAAAGACACUAAACCUCUGGAAAAAAUGCAGUCUAAUCCUUGACAGUGUCACCCCCUGUGAGUUUUAACGGCUUUUAAAAGUAGUGUUGGGCAAGUCUACAGCUCCGCUCAGUUCUGGACCUCGAGGCAUCUCCCUUGCUGUCUCUUGAGGGCGGGAUCACCUGCGGGAUUCCCCGGCAGAUCCCAGACAAGUGUGAAAAGCUUUUCAGAGACCUGUGAAAACUGUUGGCUGCAUGGCUCCGUGAUGGAGAAAGCGCUGCUGCCCUCUCUGUUUUGGCUCUCUUUGACCUUUACACUUUCCUUCCUUUCUUCUCACUUCCUCUCUGAUUAUAUUCCCCUAUCUUUCACCCUCCUCUUCCUGACUCUAAAAUCUGCUCCUGUGCACACCUUAACCAGUCCAAUAAAGGUUGUA